UUCUCCAAAGGGCCAAAGAGGGGCUGAAGCCCAACACACCUGGAGGGAGGGCCGAAGUAGGCCUAGGCCUGGACUCACCUGGGAGGAAAUCUGAUUGUGGGCUGAGAAUUUUGGAGUUGAGCCUGUUCAGUUGGGAGAAGAGCCUGGAAGAGCGUCUUGGACCUACUUUGCUUCUUCAUCAAAGAGUGUUUCCAGCAUGGAGAGACCCAACUCACCUGGACCUGAAGCAGGACUUGGGAGCAGUGGAGUAUCCUGGAGUAAAAUUACACAGAAAUUCCUGCGUGUAGACCUUUAUAGCUCAGACACACAGUGCCAGCGCUUCAGGCAGUCCUCCUACGGAGAGAGCGAGGGACCCAGAAAGGUUUGCAGCUGCCUCCAUGAUCUCUGCCGCCAGUGGCUGAAGCCAGAGCAACACACCAAGGCGGAGAUGAUGGACCUGGAGCAGUUCCUGAGCAUCCUGCCCCCAGAGAUAGGGAGCUGGUUCCGAGAGUGUGGGGCAGAGAGCUGUUCCCAGGCGGUGGCCCUGGCGGAAGGCUUCCUCCUGAGUCGGGCAGAGGACGAGAAGCAGGAAGGACAGGCCCAAAAUAACUGCAUAGACGUCCAGCCUGAUGUCCCUGCAUCAGAGGAAUCUCACUCAGGCCCCAUCCAAAGCCUCCAGCAGAAGGAGCUCAAGCAGGAAGGAGAUGGACCUGCAGCCUUGGAGGGGACUGGAAUGUUGUUACCGAAUCCUCAGUUGUUUCUUCCGCUUUGUGAUGGAGUGGAAGUGAAUCAGGGCCCAAUCGCCUUUGAGGAGGUGGCUGUCCAUUUCUCCCCGGAGGAGUGGGCUCUCCUGAGUCCUGAUCAGAAAGCCUUGCACGUGCAGAUCAUGGAGGAGAUUCACGGGAUGGUGGACUCUCUUGCAGAUAACUGGAAGAAGAGCAAUGUAUAUACCAAAUGUAGGAAGCAUUUUGGGCUCAAUGGGGGCCUUCCUAGACACCAGCAAACCCACAGUGAAGAUGGAGGUUCUGCCAGAGAAAGGCCCUACAAAUGCAAUGUAUAUGAAGAGAAGCCACACCAGUGCCAAGAGUGUGGGAAACGUUUUGCUUACAGUUCAGCCUUGGUGAACCACAAAAGACUCCACACAGGAGAGAAGCCGUACCAAUGCCAGGAGUGUGGGAAAGGUUUCGCUGACAGUUCAGCCUUUGUGAGGCACAAAAGACUCCACACAGGAGACAAGCAAUACCAAUGCCAGGAGUGUGGGAAAUGUUUUACUCAGAGUUCAACCUUGAAGAACCACAAAAGACUCCACACUGGAGAGAAGCCAUACCAAUGCCAGGAGUGUGGGAAAUGUUUUACUCAGAUUUCAAACUUGGUGAGCCACAAAAGACUCCACACAGGAGAGAAGCCAUACCAAUGCCAGGAGUGUGGGAAACGUUUUGCUCAGAGUUCAGCCUUGGUGAUCCACAAAACAAUCCACACAGGAGAGAAGCCAUACCAAUGCCUGCAGUGUGGGAAAUGUUUUACUCACAGUUCAACCUUGGUGAGCCACGAAAGACUCCACACAGGAGAGAAGCCUUUCCAAUGCCAGCAGUGUGGGAAAUGUUAUUCUGUGAGUUCAGCCUUGGUGAAGCACAAAAGAAUCCACACAGGAGAGAAGCCAUACCAGUGCCAGAAGUGUGGAAAAUGUUUUGCCAGCGGUUCAGCCUUGGUGGAGCACAAAACACUCCACACAGAAGAGAAGCCAUACCAAUGCCGGGAGUGUGGGAAAUGGUUUGCUUACAAUUCAGCCUUGGCGAGCCACAAAAGAGUCCACACAGGAGAGAAGCCGUACCAAUGCCAGGAGUGUGGGAAAUGUUUUUCUAUGAGUUCAACCUUGGUGAAGCACAGAAGACUCCACACAGGGGAGAAGUCGUACCAAUGCCAGGAGUGUGGGAAAUGUUUUGCUCAGAGUCCAGCCUUGGUGAUCCACAAAAGGCUCCACACAGGAGAGAAGCCAUACCAAUGCCAGCAGUGUGGGAAAUGUUUUGCUCAGAGUUCACAUUUGGUGAGGCACAAAACACUCCACACAGGAGAGAAGCCAUACCAAUGCCAGGAGUGUGGGAAAUGUUUUGCUCAGAGUUCCACCUUGGUGAGCCACAAAAGACUCCACACAGGAGAGAAGCGAUACCAAUGCCAGGAGUGUGGGAAAUGUUUUGCUGACAGUUCCGGCUUAGUGAGGCACAGAAGACUCCACACAGGGGAGAAGCCAUACCAAUGCCAGGAGUGUGGGAAAUGUUUUUCUAGGAGUUCACACUUGGUGAGGCACAAAACACUCCACACAGGAGAGAAGCCAUACCAAUGCCAGGAGUGUGGGAAAUGUUUUACUCAGAGUUCAUAUCUUGUGAGUCACCAGAGGAUUCAUAGUGGAGAGAAGCCACACCAGUGCCGAGAGUUUGGGAGAUGUUUUGCUCAGAGUUCAAACUUGGUGAGCUACAAAACACUCCACAGAGUAGAGAAGCAAUACCAAUGCCAGGAGUGUGGGAAAUGUUUUAGUAGCUGUUCAGCCUUAGUGAGGCAUAAAAUAAUCCACAAUGGAGAGAAGCCACACCAGUGCCAAGAGUGCGGGAAACGUUUUGCCUAUAGUUCAGCCUUGGUGAGGCAUAAAAGACUCCACACAGGAGAGAAGCCAUACCAAUGCAAGGAGUGUGGGAAACGUUUCGCCUACGGUUCAGCAUUGGUAAGCCACAAGACACUCCACACAGGAGAGAAGCAAUACCAGUGCCAGGAGUGUGGGAAAUGUUUUGCUUACAGUUCAGCUUUGGUGAGGCACAAAAAACUACACACAGGUGAGAAGCCAUACCAAUGCCAGCAGUGUGGGAAAUGUUUUGCUGACAGUUCAACCUUGUUGAGCCACAAAAGACUCCACACAGGAGAGAAGCCAUACCAAUGCCAGGAGUGUGGGAAAUGUUUUGCNNCCAGUUCAGGCUUGGUGAGGCACAAUAGACUCCACACAAGAGAGAAGCCACACCAAUGCCUGGAGUGUGGGAAAAGUUUUGCUUCCAGUUCAGCCAUGGUGAGCCACAAAAGAGUACACACAGGAGAGAAGCGAUACCAAUGCCAAGAGUGUGGGAAAUCUUUUGUGUACAGUUCAGCCUUUGUGAGUCACAAAAGACUCCACACAGGUGAGAAGCCAUACCAAUGCCAGGAUUGUGGGAAAUGUUUUGCUGACAGUUCAGCCUUGGUGAGUCACAAAAGACUCCACACAGGAGAGAAGCCGUACAAAUGCCAGGAGUGUUGGAAAUGUUUUGCGUACAGUUCAGCCUUGGUGAGUCACAAAAGACUCCACACAGGUGAGAAGCCAUACCAAUGCCAGGAUUGUGGGAAAUGUUUUGCUUACAGUUCAGCCUUGGUGAGGCACAAAAGAGUCCACACAGGGGAGAAGCCAUACAAAUGCUAUGAAUGUGGGAAAAGUUUUGCUUCCAGUACAGGCUUGGUGAGGCACAAUAGACUCCACACAGGAGAGAAGCCAUACCAAUGCCUGGAGUGUGGGAAAUGUUUUGCUCGCAGUUCACAUUUGGUGAGCCACAAAACACUCCACACAGGAGAGAAGCAAUACCAAUGCCAGCAGUGUGGGAAAUGUUUUGCUUCCAGUUCAGCCUUGGUGAGUCACAAAAGACUCCACACAGGUGAGAAGCCAUACCAAUGUCAGGAGUGUGGGAAAUGUUUUGCUGACAGUUCAGCCUUGGUGAGGCACAAAAGACUCCACACAGGUGAGAAGCCAUACCAAUGCCAGGAGUGUGGGAAAUGUUUUGCUGACAUUUCAGCCUUUGUGAAGCACAAAAGACUCCACACAGGGGAGAAGCCAUACAAAUGCUAUGAAUGUGGGAAAUGUUUUGCUUACAGUUCAGCCUUGGUGAGUCACAAAAGACUCCACACAGGAGAGAAGCCACACCAAUGCCUGGAGUGUGGGAAAAGUUUUGCUUCCAGUUCAGCCAUGGUGAGCCACAAAAGAGUCCACACAGGAGAGAAGCGAUACCAAUGCCAGGAGUGUGGGAAAUGUUUUGGUUACAGUUCAGCCUUGGUGAGGCACAAAAGACUCCACACAGGAGAGAAGCCAUACCAAUGCCAGGAGUGUGGGAAAUGUUUUGCUAGUAGAUCAAAUUUGGUGAGUCACCAGAAAAUUCACAGAAGAGAAAAACCAUCCAAAGAGCUGGGACAAAAGUAAAAAAAAACAAUGAAUUGCAACAAGGAAAUUGCAAGUUUGGGCAUGCUUGCCCUGUAGACUAUACAUUCAACAUUUUCUGAUGAACAGGUGUGAUUUCCUUGCCUUAAUGUAGCACUUGGCUUGACCUUGGACUGAUUUCUUAGACAAUUCCCUUCUCGGUUUCGAACCCUGUUCAGCUUUUUUGCUUUGUUUGACUUGAGACUGUUGUGGAGAAGUCUUUUGCUUCUCUGGUCACGGGCAUCACCAUGGGACUGGACUGACUUUUCUCUGUUCUGCCUUUGUGGGUAAACAUCCAAUUUCAAACAGGACCAUUUGAGAAGUUCUGCCCAAGAUUUGGUAGAGUCCACUUUCUUGUCCUUUGAAUUCCAAAGGUGAGGUCCUCUUCUGUGGAGCAGCAGAAAGCGAGCUCCCUGUGGCAAUAGUUUAAAAACAAACCAGAUGUAACUCCAUCGGUUGUUCCUCUGGGCUUAGUUUCCACCUCCUUUACCACCUUGGUUGCAAAUUUCCAGUUUGUGAGUGUUGUCUUUCUGCUGGGAUUCCAGAAUUGAACACAGUCCUUCUUUUGAGGCUCAGCCCAAAGAAACGAUGCUUGCAUGGGUAUUUCCCUUGAUGUGCAAAUUGUAUCUCUGGCUUUGCUGUCUGUUUUCCCUGCUCCUGGCACGCACAUUUUUAAUCCACAUUAAAUUGAAAAACACAA